GAAGGGGGUUAUAAUCGAUUCUCCCCACCUUCCCACCCCACGUUCCCACGCUUGAGGUGCGGUUCAUCCGCCAACACCGGGCGCCCUCUCCGUCCCGCCCCCCGGUUGUCCCGAAGCCCCCGCUCUCUCCCGCCACCUCCGCCGCUCCCCCCAUCCACGCCGCCCACGCCUCUCCCGCCCACACGCUGCCAAGCCUUCGCAUCUCCGCAAGGCAUAUACCUUCCGUGCUCGCUCGCUCGCUUGCUUUCCCUUCCUUCUUGUUCCCAAUUUCGCCAGCCGCGACGCUCUUUCGCCAUUCCAUUGGAUCUCGGUCAGCCGGCCGGAUGCUCAGGCUGCUGAAUAUUUUAUAUUGAUAGGCUGCUAGCUGCCCGGUGUUAAUGAAGAAAAUAUAAAUUUUGUGCCUACAUUCUAGGAAAUCACUUCAGCAGCCUAUUUGCACUAUGUCCUACACAAGCUGUUUGAAGAAACAUCCCCUGAGACUAAUCUUUCCAUAUGCCAAUUCCAUCCUCCGAGCGUCUUUGGAAAAAGGCUCCCCACAAAAGUCACUGAUGGACUAUAGCACUAUGCUCCAUUUUAUCACAUUUUGCCCUGAUUACAGAACAUAUGUUCUCCUCCUCAGAGCUUGUUCAAAAUGUUCAGACAUCUAUGCUGCCAUGCAAAUUCAUUCACAUCUCACUAAAGCUGGGUUGUUAUGUAAUCAAGAUAUAAUAGCUCCACUUUUGAGGUUGUAUAUCGAUCAUGGUCGCAUGAUGGAAGCAUGUGAACUGUAUUGGCCAAUGCUUGAGUGGAGUACUGAUCCUUUCCAUGGUAAUUUGAUGCUUAUGGGAUUCUUGAAGGGAGGACAACUAGACAAGGCAUAUCAGAUUUUCAAGAGGAUGCCUGUCAAGGACCUGGUCUCGUGGAAUUCAAUGAUUGCAGGUGCAGCAAGGAGCUCCCACCUAAAAGAUGCAAUGAAUCUUUUCAGCAGGUUGGUCAAUUCAGGCCUUGUGCCUGACGGCUUUUCAUUCUCUUCAGUCCUGUCUGCUUGUGCUCGAGCUGGUGCCCGAUGUUAUGGUAUGUGGGUUCAUCAACUGAUGGAUGAGCUGGGGGUGGAGAAGAAUCAUCUUUUAAUCUCAGCACUGGUUGAUAUGUAUGCUAAAUGUGGAAGGAUUGAUGUGUCAGUUGAGAUAUUCAACAACAUUAAGAGAUUACACCUGUCCACAUGGAACACGAUGAUUAGUAACCUGGCAGGGCAUGGUCUUGGAUCUGAUGUGGUGAUGCUGUUCCACAGGAUGGAACUUUCAGGUGUGGUUCCUGAUGGGGUUACAUUUGUUGCACUAUUGACAGCAUGUAGCCAUUGUGGUAUGGUUGAAGAGGCUCGUCAGUACUUUGAAACAAUGUCCACAAAGUAUUCAAUCACUCCAAAGGUUGAACACUACGGUGCAAUGGUGGAUACACUGUCACGAGCUGGGCUGCUGGAUGAAGCAUACAACUUGGUGAGGUCAAUGGCCGUGAAGCCUGAUGCUGUGAUAUGGAGGGCAUUACUUAGUGCUUGUCGUAGGUACCAUCAAACCAAAUUAGGUGAUGUCACUAUUGAACAGAUAGCAUGUCAGGGCAGCGGUGAUUAUACCCUUCUUUCAAAUAUCUACUCAUCAAUAAAUAGGUGGGAUGAUUCAGAGGAAGUAUGGAAAGAGAUGAAGAAAAAGAAGGUACGUAAGAUCAAGGGCUUGAGUUGGGUUGAAUUAGGGGGGAGCACCCAUGAAUUCAAAGCUGGUGAUCGAUCUCAUCCUGAUUCUGAUGAUAUCUACCGAGUGCUGCAUGGCUUAUUAAAAAAAGCGAAGGCUGAAGGUUAUACCCCAUCCACUGAAUUAGUAACAAAAGAUGUAUCACAGGAGGAAAGAGAAGAAAACCUCAGCUUCCACAGUGAGAAGCUUGCAGUGGCUUAUAGUGUUCUUAAGACUGGUCCAGGGACAGAAAUAUUGGUGUCAAAGAAUCUGCAGGCAUGCGGUGACUGCCAUGAAUGGAUGAAGAUAAUUUCAAAGGCACUUUGUCGUGUUAUAAUUAUGAGGGAUAGAGUUCGAUUUCACCGCUUUGAAAGCGGGUGCUGCUCCUGUAAAGAUUACUGGUGAGCAUUUGAUGAAGCAACGCAGAAAUGAUUUGUACAGCAUCCUAUCAGGAGUUUGGAGAAGCCAUAAGUGGACUAAAUAAUUUGUACAGCGUCCUAUCAGGAGUUAUGUUCCGCUUGGAUGCAUGGAGCUUAGGUGGUGCACAGCACUGAGCCAAGGACAAACAUGAGCUCUGUAAAAUAUUUUGUUAUCAGUUUAGCUUUGAGAUAAGUGUAUGCAGACACAGAAAUGUAUUGUGUACACUUUUAUCUGGUCCACAAGAUUUUCUCUAUUGAGUGACACACUUCAAUUAA